AACUACAAAAUCUGCAAACACUGCGUGAGUCAAAUCGAGAAUCUCUCUGUGUGUAUUAGAUUAUGACGAUGGAGCAUUCAUUAUGGGGAAAUUUACCUCUGUUGGUGAGAGCGAAUUCGAAGGAAUCGGUGGAGUACAUACUCGAGACUCUAUGGAGAACUCGCAAAGUUGGUCUUGAUUCAACCGAUCGCGAUGUUAUCCGUGAUAUGCUUCAGCUUCAGAAUGAUGCCGACCUCGAUCCUCUUUUGGUAUGCCUUCGUAUGUUGAUUCGUAGAUGUGUUUAUGAGAACACCAAUAAGGAUGAAAUACAAAAGCUGUUCCCAACUGAAGUCUUGCCUGAGAUACAGAGAUUAUUGACACUUCUGCUCCAGAAGUUCCAUAAAGAGUGGAGAGAAGAUAUAUUGAAAGUUCAGGAUACAUUACCCAGUCUGAAGACAAUGACUUGGAACAUGGCAAAUGAAAACCUUGAAUCUGCAGAUCCUGUGGCUGUCAUUAGUUUGAAGCUUCAGAGCAACACAAGACCAAGUUCAGGAGAUAUGGAUGUGAACUUCCAGUUGGCUAAAGACACACUAGAGACGAUGUUGAAGUCUAUGUACUCUAAAAGAGAUCAACUAUCCGACCCUGAGAUGAACCACUAGAACUAGCAGAUUUGACUUGAGUCAGACUAGAGAUGGUGCAAAAAGUUCGGUCGAAAACAGUUUUCCAUCGGGAGGUUAACCUUUAUUCCGUUGAACUUUGGUUUGGUAAGCAUUGUGUUGUAGAUUUUCCCCUUACAUCACGGCUGUAAAUUCGGUUAGAACAUGCAACUUUUUGUGGUUUUGCAUGGUGGGAUCUUGGCAUCUUGCUAUCUUUACAUGUUGAAUGCCCGACACUUGGGUGUUUGUGUUUGGUAGAAAAAUCAACCAUCAUGGUUCAUGUGACUCAAAUGGAGGAACAUGGGUUGGCCUAAAUUCUGGUAUGCUGUUUUGCUCUAAAAUCGUUGUGCUAUCAUGUUCUGUACUACUACUGGAUCUGAAGUAAGUCCUUGCUUUCAUCAAUUUGUUAUGGUGCAGAGCCCCUAGAAAAUGGAGUUAUGAUUAUGCAAAUCCAACUAAGAAUCAAGUGGUACUUUUAUCUUCAUCCAUAAGCAAAAGCAAGGUACACAUUGUGAAAUGCAAUAAGAAUUGCUCUUCUAUUUUUAGGGUUGAGGGUGCAAGGACAAUUGAGGUUGGACAUGGGCUAUGUUUGGUAAACAUAAGUUUGUCUUAUUUUUUGAGCU